CAAGUCAAAGCAGCAAGUUGCAAAAAAAAUCCUUUAUCCAAAGUCCGCAGUACUUUUCAAACCAUUUUCAUCGCCAUGAACAAGUUAAUAAUUCUCGGUGUUCUUUCAUGCGUUUUGUUCGCUACCCUUCAGUCAGCGAGUGCAUUGAAAUGCUACGACUGCAAGGUCCCGAACCAAGAGUGCCUCUUGAACUACCAAGACAAGCAGACGGAUUGCGACAACGAAUUGAUUUCGGGUGCCAUUAGCACUGUCACGGGCCAGAAAAAAGUCUGCGUCAAAUAUGCCGCUGGUCAAUUCUCGGUUCGUGGCUGCUUCAUCGAAGGCUUUUGCGAUAACAAGGAGCAUUGUUCGUCUUGCGACACCGAUUUGUGUAACGGAGCCGAGAACAAGAUGAUUUCGUCAGUUACAAUCAUCACAUCUGCUCUCUUCAUUUUUCUUUGCAAGCUUUUCUAUUAAAUUAUUCUAAGUUUUUAAGAUCAAAAUGAGCACGCAAAUAGCAUUUUCGGUUGAAAAAAAUCGAAAGUGACAGUAUUCCGCUUUUUAAUACCUUUUAAGAAAAUCUUUGAUGUAACAUUUACACGACAAAAAAAAAAUAAAAUUUUUGAAUAAACCACCUGUCUAGAGUUGCCUUAAAAAAGGGAAAAAUAAUUUAAAAUCAACCACAGCAAAUAAACGUAAAUUGGUGUUAACAAAAAGUGUAAAUAGUUUUAAUAUUUGAUCAACUUUGUAAAAUUCCGUACUCGAUAAAACUGAAAAACAAAUGCAAAAAAGGCGUACAAUGUUUGAAUAAAACAAGAGUGAAUA